AAUUUUUAAUCUUCAGCCCUGACACAUGUCUUACUUGCUCCUCCACUAUAAACUACACGGAGUAACUCUCUCGACUGUCCAGCACUCCAUCCGCUCAGCCCUUUCACUUCCUGCUGACCCACCAUGCCGAAACAGGGCAUCGGUCCCUGCCAAGACCUGGCAAUGGCUUCCUUUUCUCCUGCUGGGCGCUGGUUCCCGAUCCCCCGAUCGAGCGCUUUGCAUGUAACCUGCUGGUGUCUCGGGGGAUCAUUGGGUAUCAGCUGUCAGCCGCAGAACAUGCAGUUCCCCAAUGAUGAAUAUGUAGAUAACAUUGUGCGGCUAAGUAUGCAGUUUGCUGCCUUCGUUGCCUAGCAUCUGGAUUGCCUUUGUUGCCUUCGCUUGCAGGCCGUGAUCCUCGGAUACGAACUAUCCGUGUAGCCUCGACGCGUCAGCUUGUA